CCACCCUGCUCUGCUGCAUCAGCACCAGCCUCUCUCCAUCCUUCGAGCACCUUUCUCCUCCCAGCUUGGCUGAGCAAGGAAGCUCAGUUUAUCUACGACUGCAAUUACCAGUAACCUCCCUCUUCCCCCCCUCCACCCCAGUCUUCUCUUUCACCCCAAGGAAGAGGGGGGUCGUCACCUGCCACCGUGCCUGUCUGCUGUGCCACAGGGAGGGUGGGGGAGAAAACCCACUGAGGACCCGCAACCUCACGAGGAAGCGCAAUGAAGGAUCGCACCCAGGAGCUGAGAAGUGCCAAAGACAGUGAUGAUGAGGAAGAAGUGGUGCAUGUGGAUCGAGACCAUUUCAUGGACGAGUUCUUUGAACAGGUGGAGGAGAUCCGCGGCUGCAUUGAGAAGCUCUCGGAGGAUGUGGAGCUGGUGAAGAAGCAGCACAGCGCCAUCUUGGCUGCCCCCAACCCGGAUGAGAAGACCAAGCAGGAGCUGGAGGACCUCACAGCUGACAUCAAGAAGACUGCUAACAAGGUGCGCUCCAAGUUGAAAGCGAUUGAGCAAGGGAUUGAGCAGGAAGAAGUGCAGAACCGAUCCUCAGCUGAUCUACGGAUCCGGAAAACACAGCACUCAACCCUCUCCCGCAAGUUUGUGGAGGUGAUGACAGAAUACAACACAACCCAGUCCAAAUAUCGGGACCGAUGCAAGGACCGCAUCCAGAGACAGCUGGAGAUAACCGGCAGGACAACAACCAAUGAGGAGUUGGAAGACAUGCUGGAGAGCGGGAAAUUGGCAAUUUUUACCGAUGAUAUCAAAAUGGACUCACAGAUGACGAAGCAGGCCCUGAAUGAGAUCGAAACCCGGCACAACGAGAUCAUCAAACUGGAAACUAGCAUCCGGGAACUUCAUGACAUGUUCGUGGACAUGGCUAUGUUGGUGGAGAGCCAGGGAGAGAUGAUUGACCGCAUUGAGUACAAUGUUGAACACUCUGUUGAUUACGUGGAAAGAGCCGUCUCUGACACCAAGAAAGCUGUAAAAUACCAGAGCAAGGCUCGGAGGUCAUGGAGAAGGCAUGAAGAUACCUUACCAUUAUUAUUUAUUUUCAUUAAUUGCUGACAAUAACUGAUACGGUUAACUGGCUUAAAGCAAAAGGCUGAAACAUGGCGGACUACGGUGACACAAAUGAGAUUCUGACUGAAAAGAAGCCGGCCUGUUUGCAGAGAUCCAGGGCCCAUCGGCCAAGAGAAAAUACGACCCACAUUUGUUCUGCACCGCUCAGGGUGAGCCAAGCCACACGUGGGAUUCCAGAUGCUAUGUUCAGUGGAAGACAGUGUGAAGAAGAGGUACACCAGGAAGGAAAGCGGGUGAGGAAUGGUGGGGAAGUGAUGCAUGAAAUGUGUGGGACAGAUUUUCAGGUGCCAUGCAAAAGGGCAAGGAGCAAUGAUUGGUUUAGCCAGAAAGGGCCAAGUCAAGAAUGGAGAACCUGAUCCAUUGGCCAGCACCGCUGUUUCUUUGUGGAUGCCUGGGAGUCUCUCGGAGCGUCACUUGUCCACAUGGCUGUGAAGAUGCCUUCAAGUGUGUGAGCGUGAGGCUUGCUCAAAAUCACCAAAGUGGGAAAAGGGCCAGAAAAAGAUUCAGGUUUCCAGUUGCAAUUGGGGGAAGGAGGUUCUGGACUGUACCAAUCGUCAUUGUUAUCCUCACAGUGAAGCACACGACGGGAAUAAGUUGAUGCAAAAUGCAGGUAGCGAGGGUGGCGGAAUUAACAUUGUGCAGAUAUGUCCACAUUUUUGCCAUGAGCCCAGCUCCACUAGUUCCAUAUCCUGGAACAUCAGAGUUUUCUCUUAAGGAAGGAAAUCCUCUCCUCAGACUGUCCUGGGAAGCAGCCCCUGUGGACGAAUCUUGCUGAGACUUCCUUAGGAGAAAGAGGGGCGAGGGGCUGCCCAGGAAAGGUUCUGUUCUUACCAUUUGCAUCAGACACGGCUGACUCCAGCCUAGGAGUCCCUCCUUCCCAUGGUUUUCACUCCCAUGCUAUUUCCAGAAGCAGCCGGGACACUGGUGCGCCAGCCUCUGCUUCCCACAGAGGGCAUGGCUUUUAAGGGAAUGCAGCUGUUUCCAGCUCUGUUGGCUGGGGGAUUAUAGGAGUUGUAGUCCAACAUGUCCGGAGGGCACCUGGUUGGAGAAGGCUGGGGAUGCGGGAUCUGACUCAGUGCCCCCCGACCCCAAAUGACGUCCCUUUCCAUCUGUCCCUUCUCACUUUUCCUUUCCCCUUGAUGUUGCCAUUGACAAGUGAAAGCAGAAGGCUGGAUUUCCAAGAACCCCACCCAGAUUCAAAACCAUAAAAGCAGUUUCACUGCCACAACACAACAUUUCACAUUCUUCCCCACUAAUUCUGUGCCACCCACAAUGAAAACAACCCACAUUUUUUGAGAGAUGCCCACCCUCCUUUGUCAAUAGUGUUUCCUUCUUCAUGUGUUCUGUACCUCAGCGUUCCCUAACCUUCUGCCCUCUCCCCCGGGGAUGAUGAGAGCUGCAGCUCCACAGGCAUCUGGAGGGGACCAGCAUGGAGAAAGCCAUUACAGAUGAUGAACAAUUAAACUCUUGAUGGCUUUUGAAACAAGCAACCCAACCACAGCAGGCAGUGACUAAUCCUGAGGGAGGCAGGGCCUAGAACUCCCAUUUCUCCGAAAGGGUGUUUCAGGCUGCUUUGUACCAGCACUUCUGGUUUUCCUGCUGUCCCGCCUUCCCUCACCUCUGCCUCCCACAGAUUGCUUUCACGGGUGCCAAUUCUCAGCUUCUCUUGUGGGCUAAAAUGUAAGAGCAGCGCUCUUGGAGCAGGCACCAGAAAUCGCGCUAACCUUCCCCAACUCUGUGUCUCCAAGAUGUGUUGGACUACAAUAUCCAGCAUCCCCCAGCCAACAGGGUGGGAGCUAGCCCAUCAUCCGCAAGGGCCGGCUGGAUCUCUCUGGAAACAGCACGACCAUAAGUGCAGGUGUCCUUCCCAGCAGUGGGAGUGGAACAGUCCUGCCUCUUAAGAUGGCUCAUUACUUCCAUGGAAGUGGCUCAUGGGCAGACAUACCCUCCAUGAGUUUGGCGAAGGGUCUUGCUGUUGGCUGCCAAUUAUGCAGCCUUCCAUAAGCAGGACUCUACAGUCUUACCCCACCUCACCAGCAGUGGUAGGUCAUGAGCAGGAGAAUCACAGAUUCAUGGACCCGGGAGGGGCCUGAAAACACCUGUCCCCCCCCCCCCAUGCGAAGGAAAUCUGCCACAGUGGCAUCCCUGCCGAGGGGACAUCUCCCCAGAAUCUACAUGCCAACUCAUGGAUUUGCUAGCCAAAGAACAUUUGUAAAAUCUGUAACAAAUUAUGAAUGUGUGACAGAAUAUUGCCAUAAUUAAUCAAAUGAAAAUGUGCCCACUGCAUGUGAACUAAAAUACAUCUAGACCUUUACACCAAAGAAUCGUAUUUGCAAUUAAGGGUAUUGCCAGUUAGGACCUUUGGAAGCCAUUAAGGCAAAAAGCACAAAUUGCUGGGGCACUUGGCCAUCUUGAUCAAGUUAGCAGACAACAUGUAUUUCCUGAGGCACAAGACAUAACACCCCCAAGCUGGUUUGAAUGCAGUAAUGCACUCUCGGAUCGUCAAUUUUUGGGCAUCCACACAGACGAUGGUCAUAAGGGAUCUGAUGCUAUCUGCCAUCAAAUACUGUUUUGAAAUUGUAGAAAUAAGUCUGGGCAAUAGUUUCCAUGAGCCAUGCUGGUUAAAGGAAUCUGCUUUUCUAGGUGCAGGAUUUUAAUUCAUAUUUAUUUCAAGCCAUUUAUACCCCAGUCUUCAGAAGAGCUUCGGAAUGGUCUAUAAAUUUAAAAAAACAGUCCUGGUCCUCAGGCUUACAAUCUAAAAGAUGCAACACGAAAGCGAAGGGAGGGAAACAGAAAGCAAGGUCAUUCCAGGACCAGUUGUACAGAUCUUUGUAAUGAAUGGCUGCAGGGCAGGCGGGCAUUUUUCCGCCUUUUCACAACCAGCCGGAAUGGAAAUGACUCAGCUAGAGGAAGAGCCGAAAAUUGUUGGUCUCUCACCUGUGCCAACGGUGUGUCUGGCUUCUUAUCCUUUUGCUCGAAGGCCCAAUUGAAUGAACCUCUAUUACGACUGAAUUGUCUCAGGAAGGGAUUUCAGUCUGAAUGCCCACAGAAGAGCCAACCUGCCCACCGAAAGAUUUAUUCUCACAAUAUAUAUCUCUUUCUUCUGGCCUACUGUUCCUGGGUUUAGCCCCUGACUUAAACUCCAGACAUAUUCUCUGUUUUGCUUCCUCUUUCUUGGAGUUUGGGGCUGUGGGUAUGGAAUAGGAGCAUGUUAAACAAACAGAGCGUGGAAACCGUGAGAUCUGGUCUGAAGUAGUGUAAGCUCCUUCAACAAAGAAAGAAAACAGUAAUAAAGCAUGCCAUUUAAAUUCUGCGCUUGGGUGGAAAGUGAUUAAAAUGCACCUGUUGUC